AUGGAGAGGGAGCGAAGGGGGGAUGGAUGGUGCAAGGGCCGUGGGCAGCGAGAGGGCGGGCUUCAGCGGCCUCCCCAGAAAGAGCGGGAGAACGGUUGCCGCUUAAAAGACUUUGGAGACUUGAGUUUUACUCCAGUGCCCAAAGAUGAUCUCUAUAACAACCUGAUAGUGAACCCACGCUCUGUGGGCCUUGCCAACCAGGAACUGGCAGAGGUGGUCAGCAGAGCAGUAUCAGGUGGCUACAGCUGUGUCACCGUGGGAGGCGACCACAGCCUGGCAAUCGGAACCAUUAGUGGUCACACCCGGCACUGCCCAGACCUUUGUGUCAUCUGGGUUGAUGCCCAUGCUGACAUCAAUACACCCCUCACCACUUCAUCAGGAAACCUCCAUGGACAGCCAGUUGCAUUUCUUCUCAGAGAACUACAGGACAAGGUACCACAACUCCCAGGAUUUUCCUGGAUCAAACCUUGUAUCUCUUCCCCAAGUAUUGUGUAUAUCGGCCUAAGAGAUGUGGACCCUCCUGAACACUUUAUUUUAAAGAACUAUGAUAUUCAGUAUUUUUCCAUGAGAGAUAUUGAUCGACUUGGUAUUCAGAAGGUCAUGGAACAGACAUUUGAUCUGCUGAUUGGCAAGAGACAAAGGCCAAUCCAUCUGAGUUUUGAUAUUGAUGCAUUUGACCCUACACUGGCUCCAGCCACAGGAACCCCUGUUGUGGGGGGAUUGACCUAUAGAGAAGGCAUGUAUAUUACUGAGGAAAUACACAAUACAGGGUUGCUGUCAGCAUUGGAUCUUGUUGAAGUCAAUCCUCAGUUGGCCACUUCAGAUGAAGAGGCAAAGGCUACAGCUAGCCUGGCAGUGGAUGUGAUUGCUUCAAGUUUUGGUCAGACAAGGGAAGGAGGACACAUUGUCUAUGACCAACUUCCUACUCCCAGUUCACCAGAUGAAUCAGAAAAUGAAGAACGUGUGAGAAUUUAGGAAACACUGUGCACUGGCACAUUUCACGAUGGGCAUUCCAGAUUUGCAAAGCAUUCAAGGGGACAGAUACUAAAUGGUUGGCUGGAUUGAUACUGCCUUAAUAAGAACAUCAAUACACUUUCAUGAUUGUAAAGU